UCCUCUCUAUCACACAUCAGACUUUUCCCAGUGGAGCUGGAGAAUAGGCUUCAAUGAAAACUGCCUGUUUGCAGUUAUAUGGAGAUUGCAGGCACUACAACCACUAUUUCCUUAAUGUAACCUGGAGCAGAACCUCCAUCAUCAGGAUAGAAAGGUAGCCUUGUUGCCUAGCAAAGGUGGGAUGAUUUAUCCGUGUCUCUAGAUUGGUCCUUUUUCUUUUCUGCACAACAGAAUUGCUUCCAGACUUCCAAGGAGAAUGAAGCCAGGCUAAAAAUCGGAGUGGAUGUGGCAGAGCUGCUCUCGCAGCGAGUAGGAUAGUCACAGGGUUUCUGCUCUUUCUGUUCCUGUGCAGCACAGGACAAUGGUUUUGUCUGCUCCAGUUAUAGCCCUGGGGGCUACCUUAGGGACUGCAACUAGCAUCCUUGCCCUCUGCGGUCUCACCUGCUUCUGCAAAUGCAAGCAACCUGGGAAAGGACUCUCAGAAAAGGACCAAGAGGAGGAGACGGAAAAUCCUAAGCCCAGCGUGCUUCAGCCAGUCCAGCAAUUCAACGUUAAGAAAACCGCAGAGCCAGUACAGCCUCGAGCACUCCUGAAGUUUCCCAACAUUUAUGGCCCCAAACCAGUAGUAACAUCACCUGAAAUUGUUAACUACACACAGUACUCUCUGAAGACUACGGAAGAACCAGCUACUGGAAAACCUACUAGCUUGGAUGAGAACAGGAUGAAGAUACAAGUCAAUGAAGAGCUGUUUGUUCUCCCUCAAAACGUUCCAGGUGUGGUAAAGGAUGUGUGUGUCACAGAGCACCUGAACCCUGAGAGGGCAGCCAGCUGUAACCAGGCCCCUGAGCUGCACUACUCCCUUGCGUACGAUCAACAAAGGGCCGAGCUGCGUGUGGCACUUCUGGAAGCUAUGCAUGGCAGAAUGAGUGCGGAACAAGACGCUGGCUGCCAUUGCUACAUUCUGGGCACACUGGUGAGCAAGUCUGGUAUUGCUGAGGCCCAGACAGAGCUGAAGAAGAAGGUACUUCACACCCUUUGGGAGGAGGUCCUGCGAUUCCCAUUAACUGAGGAGGAGAUGCCAGAGGGGACACUGACUCUCACCCUGAGAAACUGCGACAAGUUCUCCAGACACAGCAUUGUGGGGGAACUCAAACUGAACCUUGCUGAGAUGGAGGAAUCCUUUGGGAAGGCCCAGUGGGAAAGGCUAAAGAGUCCAGAGAAGGAGCCAUCUACGGGCCAUGGGGAGGUUCUGCUCUCUAUUAGCUACCUGCCAGCAGCUAACCGCCUUCUGGUGGUGAUCAUUAAGGCUAAAAAUCUCCAUUCCAAGCAGCUGAAAGAUUUACUUGGCAGUGAUGUUUCUGUCAAGGUGACGCUGAGGCAUCAGUCCUUGAAGCUGAAGAAGAAGCAGACCAAACGUGCAAAACACAAGAUCAACCCGGUGUGGAAUGAGAUGAUCAUGUUUGAGGUGCCUCAUGAGCUCCUGCAUGCCUCCAGCGUAGAGCUGGAAAUGCUGAGCCAGGAUGGUGCUGGCCAGAGCCACGUGCUUGGCAAGUGCAGUCUGGGCUUACAUGUCACAGGUACAGAGAGGAACCACUGGGAAGAAAUGCUGAGGAACCCCAGGAGACAGAUAGCCAUGUGGCACCAGCUACACAUGUAGGUUCAUCAUGAUUACUGACAACAAGAUUUACACCAGGCCUCCAAGCCUGGGGGAAUAAGUUGCAUUCCACCUUCCAUCAUCCCCUCCUCAAAGUUUCUCAGCACAGCACUCUUAUUACACCACCCUUCUCUGAUUUUCCUGCCCAUCCUGGCCAGAGAAACUGUCUGAAAAACAUAUUUAAAGGAUAAUCUCUCACCAAACUAAGUGGUUGUCUCAAACAAGAGAUUUGGCUGCCUGGAUGAUUUGAAUGAAUUUUAUUAAAAGCCUGCCCACUGUCAUUUCUGUGAGGUCCCUGUUUCUGUAGCAGAGCAGAGGGGAGCAAAGUUAUCAUGGAACUGUAAGCCACUCCCUGGCAUCUGGCACUGUCCCCAAGUCCCUUGAUUGAGUGCUGGCUCCAUAAUCACAAACAUCCAAUUGUUGUACCAGUCACUGCUUCUCAUAAUACCUUACAAGACUGAGAGAAAUAAAGAUCACAGAACUAACUGUCAUGGCAGACACAAAGUAUCAGUAUGAAAGAGAGAGGGAAGCCAACGUGCAGUAAAUGGAUACCUAGAAAAAGACACAAAACUAAGGGAGAGAACAGAGGAUGAAGAAAGGGUGUGACAGUCACCACCAUCAUCCUGUGCAGCCUUUGAAGCAAACACUGCCAAACAAGAAGUCAAACACCUUACUUUACCUUUGUUUCCUGGAGAGUUUGAUACCAUGUAUUUAGGAUUCAUGAAAACUGCUGAAAAUAUGAAUGUUUCAGGACCUUUUAGCAGAAUGCCUACAUCCUUCUAUCUUUCUAUGGUGUCACCCCAGAAGACCCUUAACACAGACAAAAAGUUAUUGUCGUUACCUCCAAAAACUUGGACCAAAUCUUUCUGUUUACUGCCAUCUUUUCUGUUUGGGUUUUUUUCUGAGCUAGAAAGUUUCAAGUACUCUAAAUAUAUUUCAUGCAACAUCUAAAACUAGGCAAAAGAAGUGGGAUCACUUCAUACCUUAGCAGCUGAUGGAUGGUUUUGGUUUGACAGUUACUAUUGCACUCAAGUACUCAUACCAGCAUUACUCGAAGACAACUCUUAAGAACUGCCAUGAAUUUCAUCACUUCCAGACACAAGGAAUUCACUGACCAGACAGACUCUCCAGGGCUUAUUUUUUCUGUGUGCACUUUCAAAAUUUGAUGUGGCUUAAAUGUUACUUUUACUGCCUUUUUUGUGUGUGUAGAUGGACUGAAAGUCUGGCAUCAGUAGUGAUGAUGUCAUGACCCCAUAAGCACACUGCCUGUCCUA